UUCAAAUUCUCUGCAUUUUCUUCACUAUUUAUUUAUUACGUCCCCACACCACUGACUAAUUGAAAUUAAUCUGAGUUUUCGGCGACCAAAACAGCUAGUAAUCUUUAUAUUGCUCAAAUAUGGCCGUCAUGAUCGUUGAGAUUAUUCCUUUCAACUCUAUAAAUACCAUAUAAUAACCUCUCAUCACUUCAACUUCUUCUGUUUUCUGCUCAAUAACUCUGCAAUGGCUCUCUGCUGCUCCACCUUCUUUUUUGCUGCUCUUUCUUCGAUUCUUUUCUCGGCUCAACUCUGUCUUUCCCAAAAAGUUCCCAACUACACAUUCAUGCGCAAUGCAACGACGGCACCAGACAUCUCCUUCUACGACUACAUCGUAAUUGGCGGCGGCACAGCAGGUUGUCCUCUCGCUGCGACACUGUCCCAGAAUUACAGCGUGUUGCUCCUUGAACGCGGUGGCUCACCCUACGGCAACCCCAACAUCAGCAACUUAGCAGCCUUCGGUGCUGCCCUCUCCGACACCUCCCCCACCUCUCCCGCUCAACGCUUCGUCUCCGAAGACGGAGUGAUCAACUCAAGAGCCCGCAUCCUCGGCGGCGGAAGCUGCUUGAACGCUGGGUUUUACACUCGCGCCAGCCCUGAAUACGCAAGGGAAGCGGGGUGGGAUGGGAGGGCGGUGAAUGAGUCGUACGAAUGGGUGGAGAAGGUAGUGGCGUUUGAGCCAGAAGUGAAGCAGUGGCAGUCAGCUGUUCGGGAAGGACUCCUUGAGAUAGGUGUUGUGCCUAAUAACGGCUUCACCUAUGAUCACAUUGGUGGGACUAAGGUAGGUGGCACCAUCUUUGACCACCAAGGCUUCAGACACACCGCCGCUGAUCUUUUGCAAUAUGCCAACCCCUCUGCAAUUACCCUCCUUCUCCAUGCCACCGUCCACAGGAUCCUCUUUCGAGUCAAAGAUGGAUCAAAACCAAUGGCGCAUGGAGUAAUCUUCAGAGAUUCAUUGGGUCGUAAACACAGGGCGUACCUGAAUCGCCAUCCCAAGAGCGAGAUCAUUGUUUCGGCUGGUGCUCUUGGGAGCCCACAACUUCUAAUGUUGAGUGGAGUUGGGCCUAAAGAACACCUUCGGGCCCAUAACAUCAGUGUAACAUUGGACCAGCCCUUGGUCGGUCAGGGAAUGUCGGAUAAUCCCAUGAACGCCAUCUUUAUCCCAUCUCCUCAACCGGUGGAGAUAUCUCUGAUUGAGGUGGUGGGCAUCACCAGUUUUGGCAGUUACAUCGAAGCUGCCAGUGGUGAAAACUUCGGUGGUGGUGGUUCCCCGAAGGACUACGGGAUGUUCUCUCCGAAGAUUGGUCAACUGUCGAGGGUGCCGCCAAAGGAAAGGACCCAGGAGGCCAUUGAUAAGGCAAUAGAAGCGAUGGAGGGUCUGGACCAAGCAGCCUUCAGAGGAGGGUUCAUCCUGGAGAAGAUAAUGGGUCCGAUUUCAAGCGGGCAUUUGGAGCUCCGAAGCCGCGAUCCAAACGAGAACCCGUCGGUGACCUUCAACUACUUCCAGGAUCCCCAGGACCUGGAGAGAUGCGUGCAGGGUCUUCGCACGGUGGAGAAGAUAAUCGAAUCGAAGGCAUUCAGUCCCUUCAGAUACCCCAACUUGCCAAUCCCCGUGCUUCUGAACAUGACCGCAAAUUCCCCCGUUAACUUGCUCCCCAAACACACCAAUUCCUCCCUCUCUCUCCAACAGUUCUGCAGAGACACUGUGAUGACCAUUUGGCACUACCACGGAGGCUGCCAAGUUGGGAAAGUCGUCGACAGGGACUACAAGGUUCUUGGUGUCGAUGCACUUCGCGUUAUCGAUGGUUCCACCUUUAACUACUCCCCUGGGACUAACCCUCAGGCCACUGUUAUGAUGCUUGGCAGGUACAUGGGAGUUAAAAUACUCACUCAGAGACUUCGUGCCACUUCUGCGGAUCAAACACACCAACAAAUUGUAUAGUUUUUUCUCCGAUUUCAGCUUUUCGUCAAUGUUGCUUCUUAGAAAAAUAAAAAAUCAUCAUUAUUCUUCUGGUUGAUGGAUACAUAGAAGUUAAUUAAGUUAGGCAGGGAGAAUGUUUCUUCUCGUAUUUUUAUUACACAAUGGAUGGUAAUUCUUGCAA